CUGCCACUUGAAAAAACGAUAAACCCACUCACUCUCACUCUCACUCUUCUUCACUUCACUGAUUUUCUUUCAAUUCCGUAGAGAAGAUGCUUCAAACGGCAUUGUCCACUGCUCCAACAACUCUCUUAUUCGCUCCAUGCGGUAACAAACUAAGUCCCAUUCUCUUCCCUAAACGACGUCGCUCCCUCACGCUCCUCCCUCGCUGGCAUUUCAAUCGUACCAGACCUAGACCUAAACCUAAACCUAAACCUUUUUCAGCGGUUGCUGCAACAGAGAAUGGUGUGUUUACUUCUCCAGAGAUGGCAAAGUCAUUUGAUUUCACUUCGGAGGAGCGAAUAUACAAUUGGUGGGAGUCUCAAGGGUAUUUUAGGCCAAACUUCGACAGAGGAAGUGUUCCAUUUGUGAUAUCAAUGCCGCCUCCUAAUGUUACUGGUUCACUGCACAUGGGGCAUGCAAUGUUUGUGACUCUUGAGGAUAUUAUGGUUAGAUACCAUCGAAUGAAGGGAAGACCAACACUUUGGCUUCCUGGGACUGAUCAUGCUGGUAUUGCAACUCAGUUGGUUGUGGAAAGAAUGCUUGCAUCUGAAGGAAUCAAAAGGGCUGACUUGAGUAGAGAUGAGUUCACAAAACAUGUUUGGGAGUGGAAAGAGAAGUAUGGUGGAACCAUCACAAAUCAGAUUAGGAGACUUGGUGCUUCCUGUGAUUGGACUAGAGAACACUUCACCCUUGAUGAACAGCUAAGUCGAGCUGUAAUUGAGGCCUUUGUCAGGCUUCACGAGAAAGGCUUAAUCUAUCAAGGGUCUUAUAUGGUAAACUGGUCUCCAAGUUUGCAGACUGCAGUUUCAGAUUUGGAAGUAGAAUAUUCUGAAGAAUCUGGAACUCUUUAUUAUAUCAAGUAUCGUGUUGCUGGAGGUUCAAGGAGUGACUAUUUGACAAUAGCAACAACACGUCCUGAAACUUUAUUUGGUGAUGUAGCUAUUGCAGUGCAUCCAAAGGAUGAUCGGUAUUCUAAGUAUGUAGGUAUGAUGGCAAUUGUGCCUAUGACAUAUGGCCGUCACAUCCCUAUAAUCUCUGACAGGCAUGUUGACAAAGAUUUUGGAACUGGUGUGUUGAAGAUAAGCCCUGGACAUGAUCAUAAUGAUUAUCUUCUUGCUAGAAAGCUUGGUCUCCCAAUACUUAACAUAAUGAACAAGGACGGGACACUUAACAAGGUUGCGGGAUUGUACUGUGGCCUUGAUCGGUUUGAGGCCCGGAAGAAACUAUGGGCAGAACUGGAGGAGACAGGCUUAGCUGUAAAACAGGAAGCGCACACCCUGCGAGUUCCCAGAUCUCAACGUGGUGGAGAAAUUAUAGAGCCACUUGUAAGCAAGCAGUGGUUUGUUACAAUGGAGCCCCUGGCUGAGAAAGCCCUUCGUGCAGUUGAAAGAGGAGAGUUAACCAUCAUUCCUGAAAGGUUUGAGAAGAUUUACAAUCACUGGUUAUCAAACAUUAAGGACUGGUGUAUAAGCAGACAACUCUGGUGGGGACACCGCAUACCAGUUUGGUACAUUGUGGGAAAAGACUGUGAAGAAGAAUAUAUAGUUGCUAGGAGUGCUGAUGAAGCUCUUGAGAAAGCUCGUGCGAAGUAUGGAAACGAUGUAGAAAUCUAUCAAGAUCCAGAUGUUCUUGACACUUGGUUUUCCAGUGCACUAUGGCCUUUUAGUACACUUGGAUGGCCAGAUGUUUCAGAAGAGGAUUUUAGACGGUUUUAUCCAACAACAAUGCUUGAAACUGGGCAUGACAUACUGUUUUUUUGGGUGGCAAGGAUGGUCAUGAUGGGAAUUGAGUUCACGGGGACCAUUCCAUUUUCAUAUGUUUAUCUACAUGGACUCAUCCGAGACUCACAAGGGCGUAAAAUGUCAAAAACACUGGGUAAUGUUAUAGAUCCAAUUGAUACUAUCAAGGAUUUUGGCACUGAUGCUUUACGUUUCACACUUGCCUUAGGAACUCCUGGCCAGGACCUUAAUUUAUCCAUUGAGAGGUUGACUGCAAACAAGGCCUUCACCAACAAAUUGUGGAAUGCCGGCAACUUUUUGUUGCAGAAUUUACCUACUCGGAAUGAUGCAUCUGCUUGGAAAAAUAUAUUGGCUUAUAAGUUUGACAGUGAGGAGUCUCUAAUUGGGAUACCUUUACCAGAACGUUGGGUGGUCUCGAAACUUCAUUUGCUUAUUGACAUGACCACCGCAAGUUAUGAUAAAUUUUUCUUUGGAGAUGUUGGAAGAGAAACAUAUGAUUUCUUUUGGGGUGAUUUUGCUGAUUGGUAUAUUGAGGCAAGUAAAGCUCGCCUUUAUAACUCCAGGGGUCAUUCAGAUUCAUCAGUAGCACAGGCAGUCCUGUUGUAUAUCUUUGAGAACAUACUAAAAUUGCUGCAUCCAUUCAUGCCUUUCGUAACUGAGGAAUUAUGGCAGGCACUCCCUCAAAGGAAAGAAGCUCUUAUGGUCUCUCAUUGGCCACAGACAUCACUUCCAAGACAUGCCAACUCCAUUAAAAAGUUCGAAAAUUUUCAAGCUUUAACUAGAGCAAUCCGGAAUGCUCGUGCUGAAUAUUCUGUUGAGCCAGGGAAGCGUAUAUCUGCAUCCAUUGUUGCAAGUGAAGAAGUCAUCCAAUAUAUAUCUGAAGAAAAGGAGGUUUUAGCACUUCUCUCCCGGCUAGAUGCACAAAAUGUCCAUUUUACAAAUUCUCCUCCAGGGGAUGCAGAACAAUCAGUCCACUUAGUAGCUGGUGAAGGACUAGAGGCGUAUCUCCCUCUUGCUGAUAUGAUUGACAUCUCUGCUGAAGUUGAACGUCUUUCUAGGCGCCUUUCAAAGAUGCAGACUGAGUAUGAUAGACUUAAAGCACGCCUAAGCUCUCCUAAAUUUGUGGAGAAAGCACCGGAGGAUGUUGUCCAUGGGGUCCAAGAAAAAGCAGCAGAAGCAGAAGAGAAAAUAAUUCUCACCAAAAACCGGCUAGCUCUUCUCAAAUCAAGUGUUCUAUUCACAAAAUAGGCUUCAUUAGUGACUGAAUUAUGUCUUUUGAGCCUGAAUCCUCUUGGCAGCAUUGUCACUGGAUAUAUCUCAUUGCUUGUUCAAACUCUAGUUUCUAUCUGUUCAAGAUUGAAGAUUAACACCCUCUUCAUCAUUUAAGCGUUUGGCAGCUACGGAUGUGACAAGCUCCAUACAAAUAUUAGAAAGUCUGCAUUAAUGAAAGCUUCUAUACCUUGCUUCACAUACGAGUUAAAACCAGUGGAUAAUUGGUUGUGAUGGGAUGUCUACACAUUCUUCGUUCCUGUAGUUCCAAAGUUGUGGCCAUGGCCAUGUCAAUGUACAGUUAAUUCACUUCGCAACAUUUUAAUAUACUAGUCGAUGACUUGAUAUCCUGCGUGGUGCAUUUUCAAAAAAUUUGUAAGAAAUAAUCGUAUUAGAGUUCAUCAAUACUCUUCUUUUUAGUCAUGAUUACAUUACGAAGUUUGCUUAAAUUCAA